AUAACGCUUCAGUCAGACGUGAGCAUUUGUUGAAUUGAGUAUGUUUUAGAAAACGUGUAAGGUGAAAGUGGAAAAUAAAUCAACUUUUGACUUUAGUCCGUAAAGGUGACAAAAGCCAAAUUUAGAAAGCAAUUCGAAAAAGAAAAACGAAAUAUCAAAAACUUCAAUUUAUUUGUGCAAAUCUAUUCGGACAUAAAAAUUGUUUUAAGUAAUUAUUUUUGCCAUUUUGGAGCAACUACACGAAAUCUUUUAAUUGUUAUUGUGCAAGUGAGAGGACGACUGACCGGUUCAACGGGCUACUUAUAUCAUCACAACAAAUAAGCAACAAGCAAAAGCCAACAGUCCAAAGAAAUGCAUCAUAAUCAAUCAAAAAGUGAAUUUGAGGUGCUCCGCCAACAAAGUACACAAUAAUGGCGCGAUUAAGUUUACAGUUUCUAACGCUAGUCGUGUGCGUCCUUACGCCCUGCAUCCUUGCCCAGGAGACCUGCCAAAUUGGACGCGAUAUCAGUGAUGUGCCGCGCACCGUGCGCUCGGAUCUGUACCGCGGCCAACAGAACUUCACUGUAGUCAUGCUGCAAGCCAUCAAUAAGGCUACACCCAAUGAGAAUGUCUUCUUCUCACCCUACAGCACAUAUCAUGCACUACUGCUGGCCUAUUUUGGUGCGCGUGGCCAAACCGAAGCGGAGCUGACCCAAGCUUUGUCAUUGCAAUGGGCUAAGAAUAAGAAUCAUGUGCUGAGCGGUUACAAUUUGGAGAAGAAAAGUCGUGUAAUGCGCGCCAAGAAGAUGCCGCUGCAAUUCGCCGGUGCCGAUCGUAUCUACUUCGAUACAUCCGUUGCGCUAACAGAUUGUGUUAGAGACAUUUUCCACGAGGAGCUGGAAUCGGUCGAUUUUCGUAAUAAUGCCGAACAGAGUCGUAUUGAAAUCAAUAAUUGGAUUGGCAAUGUGACACAAAACGAAAUUCCCGACAUGUUGAAUCCCGGCGAUGUCGAUUCACAGACGCAAUUAGUUUUGGCGAAUGCUGCCUAUUUUAAGGGUCAGUGGUCGAGGAAAUUCGAUCCGAAGGACACCACAAAAGAUAUUUUCUACACAUCAGAGAGUAAACAUUCAUUUGUGGACAUGAUGCAUAAGCGUGGCACUUACAAUUUGGCUUUGGACGAAUACUUGGGUGCCUACGUGCUGGAGAUGCCUUACGUCACUUCCAAUGACAACGAAAAGGAGUCGGAUAUUUCGAUGAUCAUCAUUCUGCCACCCUUCCAUAACUUGGAUGGUGUUUUGGCCAAAUUGACACCAAAUUCAUUGGACGAUGCGCUAAAGGAGGGCAUGGCGCGCGAAGUGGAUGUGGCGCUGCCGAAAUUCGCGUUUGAGCAAAACUUGGAGUUGGUGCCGAUCUUACGCGAAAUUGGCAUCCGUUCGCUCUUUGAAAAGGAAGCUGAUCUAGGCGAUUUCUCGUCCAAUAGCCUGCAAUUCGGUGACGCCAAGCAUGUGGCCAAAAUAAAGGUGGACGAAGAGGGCAGCACCGCCUCAGCUGGCACAGUACUCUUCAGUUUCCGCUCAGCACGACCGCUUGAGCCAACGAAAUUUGAAUGUAAUCAUCCAUUCCUGUUCCUCAUUUAUGACUAUAGUGCCAAGGCGAUAUUGUUUACUGGCAUCUAUCGCGAUCCAAUGACACAGAAGUAAAAUGUGUGGGUGUGUGCUUGCCUGUUAAGUUGACACAAAUUAUAAAUAAUAAAUAUUUUUUACACAUUACCUUUAAAAUUAUAAAAAAAGACAAAAUAAAAAGAAAAAUUCUAUUUAAUAUUUACGUAUAUAUCUAACUAA